AUUCCAACAACAGAAAUGCCAGUUGAUCCAGAAAAGUUAGCCAAGUUGCAGAAGGCCGCUGCCAAGAAGGUCGGUGGCUCCAGAGUCAAGGCCAAGAAGGUGGUCAAGACCGAACAGGACGACACCAAGUUGAUCGAAGCUUUGGGCAAAUUGAAGGCUACCAAGAUUGAGAAUGUUGAAGAAGCCAACUUCUUCAGAGAAGACGGUAAGGUCUUGCACUUCAACAGAGUCGGAGUCCAGGGUGCUGCUGCCUCCAACACUUUUGCCUUCACCGGUUACCCUCAAGAGAAGAACGUGACCCAGUUGAUUCCCCAGAUCUUGCCUCAACUCGGUGCUGAAAACUUGGAAAUCUUGAGACAAUUGGCCGAACAAUUGCAAGCCGGUAAGGCUCCUACCGAGCUUAACGCUGGUGCCCCAGCUGGUGGCGACGAAGGUAUCCCAGACUUGAUCGACGGCGAAAAGUUCGACGAAGUCGAGUAAGUGCCUCCGGACUAUAAUUAAAGGCUGAAAGGUCGAAUAGUGAAAGUGAGAGUUGAAAAUUUUGAAAAAUGUAAAUUCUUGAAACUUAUGCUAUUUGUUUUCAGUCAUCUCACGCUUCAGAUCUUGUAUAAUUGAGAGCAAACUUGAACCAGCGUUCCGCAUCAGGGCCACAUGUGUAUAAAAUCAAGUUUAAUUUUUAAUGCAUUACGGUUUAAAGACUAAGUAGAUUGUAGACCCUAGAAAUUGAAGAUGUUCAUCUGUACUCACGUGACGUCUCCACAAUUCGAACAAUUGGGACACAUUUCGUUACACUAGAGUGGUAUCCAUAAAUGGGCAACAUCGGAAGCAGCGACCAGGAAGUGAAUGUCGCCAGAACCAUUACAUGUGUAUUUGGUCUAGAAUUGCACCCAUACUGUGG